GAGUUGAGGGCUGCGUAUUAAAUCGCGUGUUUUGCGCUGGAGAGGCGGCAUGCCCAUAGCCAUACGUCAUUUGUUUAUAUUUACCAUGGCAACUACGGUAUCUCCCUGCUUCCCUGGACACCCCACACAACUUAACGAAGGGGGAAUUGAGAUGACACUGUAACCCUCUGAGACCAGCCAAAAGUAGGUUACUGUUCAGUAUUUUAGGAAAUUGGGGAGCCGUUUACACCUAACUGAGUAUUAAACCACAUGGCUGGUCGUUCAUCCUACGGACUCCCCUUUUUACCUGGGAACUCUUUCCGCGAUGUUACUAAAUCAGCCUUCCAUAGACCACAGAGUCUGUCUUUCAAGAACGGCUAUGCUUUACCCCUGCGGCCCACAGUUGGGAUCGGUAAAGAGCCCCUCCAGACCGACCCCCUCACCCAAAGCGCCAUCACCCACCUCUAUAGCCCCAUUCCAGCACUAACCUACGAUCGGCCCAGUCCGGAACCAGUUGCGGCUUUUAUUCCAGCUCACGUGACACUGGAUAAAAAGGUCCUACGCUUUUAUGGGUACUUUAGGCAGGACAUCCAGCUGUCCCCUUUGGAGGAGUACCGGGUGCGGCCCGUGGUCGUGUACUACUACCUUCUGGACGACAGCAUGUGCAUUAUGGAACCAGAGGUGGAGAACUCAGGAAUGCCGCAGGGAAAGCUGGUGAGAAAGGAGAGACUGCCCAAGAGCAGCAUGGAUGGAUACUACCACUGGAAGGACCUAAACUUGGGAAUGGACCUGUGUGUGUACGGAACCACCUACCACCUCACAAGCUGUGACGCCUACACCCGGGAGUUCCUGGAGAGCCAGGGGGUGCUGCUGAAUGAAGCAGAGGCGAUGCCCGCGGACCCAUACACCCAGAACCGCCGGCCGCACCCCCAGGCCCACAUCACCCCCUCUGACUUUGACCGCCUCAGUCAGUUUCUCACCAUGGACCGUAAGGUGCUUCGCUUCUUUGCUCUGUGGGACGAGACGGACUCCACCUAUGGCGAGGUACGGCCUGUCAUCAUCCAGUACUAUCUGGGAGAUGACUCGGUGGAGAUCCGAGAGGUCCACAAGCCCAACAGUGGCCGCGACCCCUUUCCGGUCCUGCUGAGGAGACAGAGGCUUCCCAAGACGAUAAAAUCAUCAUCCGGCCCCUUUCCUAGCUGUGUCCUGGAAGUCUCUCCUGUGGAGGUGCAGGAGUACUUCUCCCCCAGAGACUUCAGGGUGGGCGACACGCUCUGCCUUCUGGGGCGCCGCUUCCUGCUCUAUGACUGCGAUGACUUCACCCGCAGCUACUACAAGCAGCACCUCGCUGACGUGGAGCUCCAGCCCGUCCCGGUGGACCAGAAACCGGAAACACCUGUUAAGAAGGAGCUUCCUCCUUACAACGGCUUCGGGAGUCUGGAAGAUUCCUUACAGAACUGCCUGUCCCUUGUGCCUGAGCCACCCAAAAAGAACCUCCUGAAGUUGCUGGAAAAUGAUGGCAAAGUGCUGCGCUACGCAGCCAGGAUGGAUUCCCAGAAUCCCUCGGACCAGGGCCGUCGCUUCAUUAUUUCCUACUUCCUCGCCGAUGACAUGAUAAGCAUCUUCGAAAUGUCGGCACGCAACUCCGGGAUCAUCAGUGGGAAGUUUCUGGAGAAGACCCGCAUUCCCAAACCGGGCAGUACGGUGGACAAUCCGGAAUACUACGGCCCGGCAGACUUCGCUAUUGGAGCCACUGUGGAGGUGUUCAGACACCACUUCGUCCUGACUGAUGCAGACCACUACGCGCUGAAGUACCUGGAGAGCAUCUCAGAGCAGAUACCCUCCCAGACACUCUCCUCCCUGCGUCAACACCUGGGCCUGCUUCCUGAAGAGGCCCAUAACACUGAUAGCCCAAGACACUGAAAACUCAUGAGGAUGCAGCGUUACCCACAUCAGUGUCUUUCAUGAGGCCCUAAAGGCCACAAAAUUUCCUCUUUAAACAGUGAUGAUGCUUUGAAAAUACUAGGAAAUGGGUUGUUUGUGGUUCAGGGCUGCCAUCUAGUGGACACUACAAGGAAUACUCCUGCAUUAUCUAAUUUCAUUAUUCAACAAGGAUCUACCGAAGAAGUGUAUCCAUGCAGAAGUAAAUUCAUGUUUAAAUAAAGCUGGCCUGUUACUGAAGGUCAAGCUAGAGCGAAGCAGUACGCUGGAUGUAAAGGAUGCAGGAGUGAUGCAUGUGCGUCAUAAACCACGGGAAGAAACAUUACAUCUCGUCACCUUUCCUGCUGAGGCUUGGCGGCUUCAGAAGAUACUUCUGCCCCCUUGCAGUGUUAUUGGAAAAUAAACAGCAAAAAGGCUA